AUGUCGGCCAACUACUGGGAGUCGACGCAACGUCGCUUCUGGCAGUUCACCAAGGAUCAGCUGGUAACGAUGCGACAGAAACUCGAAGACGACAACGCCGAACUCGUCCGCAUGUUCCCGCUCCCGCAGCAGCGCCAUCUAAACAUCUACUUUAAUCAACAGUUGAUACGGUUAGCAAAGCGCCUCACGAUCCGACAGCAGUCCAUGGCCACGGCCCAAGUCUACAUGAAGCGAUUCUAUUCGAAAGUCGAGAUCCGCCGAACGAACCCAUACCUUGUCAUCGCGACCGCUAUUUAUCUGGCAUGCAAGAUGGAGGAGUCGCCUCAGCACAUCAGGUUGAUCGUGACUGAGGCCCGGCAGAUGUGGGGAGACCUCGUCGCCAUCGACACGUCCAAGCUGGGCGAGUGCGAGUUCUUUAUGAUCAGCGAGAUGCGGUCGCAGCUCAUUGUGCACCAGCCGUACCGGAGCAUCAGCGCUCUGCGAUCUGAGCUGUCGCUGGUGGAGGACGAGGUUCAGCUGGCCCGGUCAGUCAUUAACGACCACUACAUGACUGACCUACCCCUUUUAUACGCUCCGCAUAUUAUUGCACUGGUGGCUAUCCUGCUGGCUCUGGUGCUUCGACCUAAUAAUUCGGCACCUGGACAAAGCUCUGGCUCUGCGGCUGCCGCGGGUCUCGCGGCCGCUCAGCAAGCGCUGUUGCGAGCCCAGGGACAGUCCUCACAGACUGGAUUCUCGGAUGCUAGCCCUGCAGAGCCCAAAGAGAAGCAGCAGCAGGCUAGAGUCUCGCGUGUGCAGAGGUUCGCGGCCUGGCUGGUCGAGAGCAACGUAGAGAUCGCGUCCAUGGUGGACGCCACGCAGGAGAUCAUUUCCUUUUACGAAUGCUACGAGCAAUAUAACGACAAGCUCACACGGGAGCAAAUCAACCGGUUUGUGAAGGCUCGGGGUUUGGAUAAGUAA